AUGAGCAGCCCAAGUUUUGAAAUUGUCAGACAGUUUUAUACCAUUAUGAACGGUCACCAAAAAAGUAAGGCUGUGGAGGUUUGCACAAAGUUGCGUAUCGCUGAACACAUUGCUCCGGAAUCAUCGAAAUCCGUUGGUGAGUUAUCAAAAGAGUUACAGGUUCAUGAAGACACUCUCUACAGAUUCAUGAGAGCACUCACAUCAAUAGGUUUCUUCCACGAAGAGGAGAUUACUGAUACCAAUAAGACGCAUGGUAUCUUCAAACAUACUCAAUUGUCACUCUGUCUCAGAGAUCAAGGUGUUAGAGAUAUUAUACAAAUGAGAGUAUCACCUUUUCAAGUACUUUCAUGGGAUGGACUACUCAAUUCAGUAAAGACUGGAAUAUCCAACCAUCAAGAGACACUAAACUAUCCAAACUUUUGGGAAUAUUUAAAAGAUCACAAAGAAGAGGAAGUAAUUUUCAACAGAUCAAUGACUGGUUUGACAAACCAGUAUAUUCCCAUCUUACUAUCGUUCAGCGAUUACUCUAAAUUUGAAAAAGUUGUUGAUUUGGGUGGAGGUCAAGGAUUGUUUUUAAAGAUUAUUUUGACAAACUACCAAAAUAUUAAGGAAGGAAUCAACUUUGACAUGAAGAUUGUUAUUGAAAACAAUCAUCAUGGUGAAGACUUGGAUAAGAGAUAUUCAGACCAAUCAGGUGAUUUCUUUGUCUCUGUUCCGGAAUCAGAUUGUUAUGUUUUAAAGAAUAUCAUUCACGACUGGAACGAUGAAUCUGCAAUCAGUAUUUUUAAGACAAUCAACAAAUCCAUUAGACCAGGUGGAAAGAUCUAUGUCUAUGAUUUAAUCAACGACUUGAAUCUCAAGAAUGAGAAGUAUCCAACUGGUUGGAACGAUUUGAAUAUGCUGAUGGUUUGCAAUGGAAAGGAGAGAACUCUUCAAGAUUUGGAGUAUCUCGCCAAAGAAUCAGGAUUCAAGAUCGAUGAGAUCAGACGUCACAGUACCAUUCCAAAUGCUUUAGGUUUAACAAUCUUUUCUAAAAUCUAA